AUGCGGCACGGCUUCCUUCUACUUCUCCUCAUUUUCAUCAAGCGCACAAAUGCCAUCGGAGGGUUGACGAUCAGCGGCUGGGACACGCAAUGCGCCCAUCACCUCUGCGAGUUUCCAAGGAAUUAUGCGGGAAUAUUAUACACCCAACUGAACUGCGACACCAGUUUCGAAGUCAACUACCGGUUCGCCAACUUCUCGCACGUCAUCCACAAAGUGUCGGUGACCGAGACGAUCGGCGAGCUGGAGGUGCUGGCUGAGGGGAAGAACAGAACGGGUCAUCGCUACGACAAUCUGCGCUGCUACGAUCCCAUGGCGCAAUUCAUGAAGUGGCAGAAUCCCACGAAUUACUCGGUUGACUUCGAAUGGAACAACACGAACUGCAUGACGUACUCGGAGAACUGGGGGUGCAUCGAGUGCCCGGUCGGCUAUGUGAUGGACGAAAAUCAGACAAUGAAAGACCCAGGACGCUUCGGCGGGUCGUACGCCGGCUGCCGGCCUAUCGACCUCGAAUGGGCGGGUUACGACCUAAUCCCGAAGACAUUCGACGAUGCGGCCGCCCUGGCAUUGCCGCCGCUGGGGCAUUGGUAUUGUCCGGACGGCAAAUAUCGUCACCCCGAGUACGGCACUUGCGAAUACAGCUGUUUGCCGAAUUGCAGGAUGUGCCGGAAUAAACAGCAACUUCUUUCGGCUGGGCGACCAGUGCUACGCGUGCAGCAUGAAGACGGCGGGCUGCGAGCAUUGCAACGAGGCGACCGGCAAAUGCGAGACGUGCACGUCGGGCUUGCUGCUUCGCCAGUCCUACGGGGGAUGACCUGCUUUGAGCCGUGCAUCCGGGGAACGUACUUUGAUGCGAUGCUGAACCGGUGCGAGCAGUGCCCGAGUUGGUGUACGGCUUGCAGAGGUGCGACAGACUGCGACGAAUGUGCCCCCGGACUGUACCACUAUCUCAACGACCGUGUGCUGGAGUGUCGCAGCCUGUGCCCCGAGACCCACUACCCGAUCUCGUCGUACCCGAUGUAUUGCAAGCCAUGCCACGAUUGGUGCGAUUGGUGCUACGGCCCCACCAACCAUCACUGCUACAAAUGCAGGUUCUACGGGGUGAUCGAGCUGGAUUCGGCUGUGCCCUACUGCGUGGCGUACGACUUCCACGACACCUUCCCGAUCAAACCUGGCAAAGGGCAACAACAGCCCGGCCUCAAAAGAAGAUUGCUGGCUGGGGAGAGCUUCAACAUGACCGAAUUCUGGGAAGUCUACGUGCCGGCCAUGUUCGAUGCCGCUGACUGGGAAAAGAACGCCAGAGCGAUCAUGAACAACCUGCUAUUGGGGAUGAUCACCAGCAGAUGGGGCGCCAAUCGCACAAUUUUCGGCUUCACCGCGCCGGCGCUGUCGAACCCUGGGCCUAACGGCGGUAUCGACAACAUCUUCUCACGCUUCUUUGAGGAUCGGGAGGCGGUCGAUACAUGGUUUCAGACGAACACGGGCAACACGACGCGACGAAAGGUGGACACGUGGGCCCCGUUCUGCAAGAGCGAGGACUGUCUGGCCAAUUGCAACCGCACGCAAUCCACGGUGUUUGAUAACCGCUUAAAAGAAAGUACCCAAGUCAACUUGCAGUACGAUUCGAUCGAAUUGAAGUACGGCAGCUCCACGAAACGCUACCACCCGGGCACCCUGGUCAAUCAUCCAUUAAACUUCAGCUACCGCGAGGAGCUGGAACAGCCGAGCCUGAUGCGCCUCCAAUGUCUAGCCAAGGUCGACGAGAACCGCCAGCAGAAUUGCUACUUUGAUUUCCAAUUCCUCGGCGCCGACGGCUACUGCCUGCCCUGCCACCGUGAAUGCAUCGGAUGUGUCGGCUACGCGGGCAACCAAUGCAAAAACUGUCGCCACUUCCGCGACCAAGAAGGGUACUGCAUCAAAACUUGCCCGGACGACCACAUCCCCGUCGAGAUGAUGCCCGGGAUGUGGUUCUGCAACCUGCGCGAACCUCGUCAACCCCUGGGGCGGGAUGAGAUCACGUUCAACCAAAUCUACAUGAACAACAUUCGACCGGCGGUGUGGGCCGGCUGGAUGCUCUUCCUUCUCUACGUGUUCAACCAAAGUGCCGCCAUGUUCAUCGCCCUACGCUGCUCUGGGGCUGACAACGCCGAGAUUGUGCCUUGGUGCAAGGAGAGGCAAAUACGCUCCGAUGCGAUACAGGAGAUGCGGAAGCUGAUGCUGGCCCGCCGCAGCCAGUCGAAGACCGCCGGGCUUGGGGUGCACGCACGCGCCUUUAUGCGCGUCUCGAGAGAGCGAUCGAUGGUGGACGUGUGCACGAUCCGACGGAAUCCGCUCAAAGCCGGCGGGCUGAUCAUCCGCAAAAAUAUCAAUCGCAAGGACCUGGUGCGCCCGACCACCAAGGAGCUCGUGCUCCCGCCUACAUUAAGCGAAGCCGGCACCCAGGAAAGCAUCCGCGAGAACCCACCCGAGCAGUCGAAGCGCCAGAAGUCGCAGAAGGGCUCGGCGAAGAGCUUCAAGGAGGUGCUCUUCUCACCGCCCGAGCACAGCCUCGACGACACUGGCGCCUUGUCCCCACCGCCGCAACCAGUCAAGCCACCACAGCCAACUGAAAAGCGCGUCUCGGAACGCUGGCCAUCGGUGGAUCCAAGACCAACGCAAAAGACGACUCUUCAAACGCCAAUGAGCCCGAUGACGGCCGCCGAUGCGAUGGUGCUGCUGGGUGAUAAGAAGACGGUCAGCCGGCAGAGGACUUUGGAGAAAAGCAAGCGACAGUCGACCGGCGAUGGCGAGAGGAAGCUGAAGACGCCGAAUGACACGAAGAGUCGGGCUCAGGGAAAGUCCGGCCGCAGCACGCAGCAAUCCCGCCGUAGCGAACGCCGGAAGCCACAA